UGCCGAGUUCGAUUCAGUAUUUGUAAGAAACGUGAUUAAAAGUUAAACAUUAAAUUGGUUAAAAUAACACGGGCUAUAUGUGGGUUUAAAAGGGGAAAAUAGGUAAAGUGCGGUGACUUUUAAACUGCUUUUCUGGCUGUCAAUCUUCCAUUUGGCUUUGGGUGUUUGUUUUUAUCACUAACGUUACAUUACAUUAAUGGCAUUUGGCAGACGCUCUUAUCCAGAGCGACGUACAACAAAGUGCAUACCCAUAACCAGGGAUAAGUGCGCUGAAAGACCCUAGAGGGAAGUACAAUUUCAACUGCUACUAGUACAACAAAGAUAAGGACCAGGGCCAAUUUGUAUUUUUUAUUUUUAUUUGAAACAAACAAACAUACAAACAAAACGCAAAAGUAUGACCAACCCCCUUAACUAGCCAAACACUGCUUACCUAGCCAAACUAAAAAUACUGAUACACAAAAAAGUAAAUCACAGAAACUGUAUAUCUGAACGGAGUUUAGCCUAUUUGUUAAUUGAACGCACCAGUGAAGCCCAAAGAACGACUCUGAUUUCGUCACAGGUUGAGUAGGCGUGAGUGUUGGCAGUGAGUCGGGAUUGUGAAAUUUGGGAAGUCUGGCAUGAGAGGAAUUGGAGCUGCGAUCGAGGUGUUUCACCAUUAUGUGCUAUUAAACGUCGUGAAAGUAAUACUUGGCUUAAGUUUACUAUUGUGGCUUUUCUAACUGCUCUCUUUACCUGUAGCUCACCAUGUGGCCGUGAUAAGGAAGUUACAGGUAACUUUUUGUCUGUUCCGGAGGUUUGUCUCGUCUUGAACAGGCCGAUUCGGUCCGUAUAGCCUCUGUGGUAUUUUCCAGGACGUCCUGAUAAGCACAGGCAGUAGACCAGGGGUUUUCAAGCUUAACUCCAGAGACCUGUGUAGCUUUCACUCCCUGCUACAACUGCUAGGCUCCUCCGGGAUGCUCCUGUCGUAUGCAGUAUCGUGCUUAUGCGUUAAACCACAGUGCCGCUGCAGAUCUGCAGACCUCUCCUACAGCACUGGGGCCGCGCUGAGAGCUUCGCCCGCAGCUGGACGGAAGCAUUGGAGGAAUGGGUGAAGCUCCUGUCCGCGAGGGCGGCGUGGUGACGCGGUCCGCCGAGUACGUGGGCUCCUUCCCGGUGGAGGACCGUUGUCUGGAUGAGCAGAUUGUGCGUCUGCACAUGCAGCUGCGCUCCCUGACGGCCUGCAGGCGGAGGAGGUCUGUCUCCCUGAGGUUCUCCAUUAAAGGCCUGAAGAUGUACGACGAGGAUGAGACCACGCUGCUGAUGGCACAUGCCCUGCGCCGGGUUUCUCUCUGCACUGCGCGGCCCUCUGAUGCCCAGUUUGCCUUCGUAUCCCGUAACCCCGGCAACCCUGAUGGCCAGCUCUACUGCCACCUGUUCCAGGCUCGCCAUGCUCGUGCGGCAGAGUUCCUGAACCUGUUGCUGUGCCGCUGCUUCCAGCUGUGUUACCUGGAGACACACCCGGAGGCCGGGGGCGGGCAGACAGACCGCACCCCCCUGCCCCCCUCCCUCCUGAAUCAGGGCUUCCCCCUCAGCGUCAGCGCUCUAGUGUCCUUCCGCCGAGCUCCAACCCAGGGCCUGCUGCCUGGAGAGAAGGUGUUGCCAGGGGCUGCGGAUGACAGGCAGAGCAGCCCUGAGGAAGGCCCGGCCCCCUCCUCGCCCACCUUGGUGCGGAAGAAGGCCAUCCGAAACAAGCUCCUGCGCUCCGGGGCGUACCGCUCCUUCACCUGCACCCCCCACAAACAGCGCCUCCAGCAGGAGCGGCUGCACUCAGAGCCAGGAAGGGUGCAGGCCUGGCCGCUGGUUGCCAUGCCGACCCCGCGGGCGCUCAGCCUGGCAGAGACGGAGGAGGCGCUGGCGCAGCUGGUGUGGUCCUGGGUGGGGCUCUGCAGUGACAGCAGUGCGGCCCUGCUGGAGGAGGAUGUGCUGGGAGCGUUCCUGCUGAUGCAUUCUGGGACAGAUUCGCCUGCCUCCCUCCUCAUCCGCUGCCCCUCCGGCCUCCACACCUACACCAUCACCACCACCGCCAGGGGAACACACCUGCUCCAGAACUGCCAGACAGAGUUCGACAGCAUUGCUUCGAUAAUAGAGCACUACACUGAGAGCCAGGGGGAGCUGGAGGUCCCGCUGAGCUGUGCCCGGGCCAACCACUGCUAUGAGUGGGAGGAAACGGCAGGAAAGUCCCUGGCUUGUGGCCUACUGAAAGGUUCUAAUAGACACACGUCAAAAAGCAGCAGGAGAGAAGACUGGGUUUAAACCUCUGGCCUCGUUAGCAAUCCGUUUAUUGUAGCGCUUAAAUGCAUGUAAUGCUGAGUCAGCUGUAUUUUUAUAGCAUUUGGCUUUUAUAUUUUUUGGGUAAAUGUUUUGAUUAAAACCUACCUGCUUAAUCCCUAGCAAUGACACCUGAGAAAGCAACUUCUACGUAUUUGCACAUGAUUUGUUAAAAAGCAGAACUAUAUUUUGGAUGAACCUUCUGAAGAUUGCUUUUGUUAUGGUACUAUAGUAUACUGUAUUCUGAAUGUUUUCUUCGUUUAAUUUUUUUAAUCAGAGACUGACAAAUCUUCAAUUAUUUUUUUAAUUCUUAUUUUUAUAACAUCAAAACAAGAGUUUCAUCUUCUGGGUCUGCUCUCUGUUCCUGGAGCUCAGCGUCCCGUUCCUGAACUGGGCUGAUUUUGGGAGUGAAUCAGGGUACAGGCAGGAGGAGAGAUUAACUCCCCUUUCAGGUUCUACAUGCAUAUGCAUACAGCAUUGUGUCUAUUACAGGGCUGUACAUUUGUGUUUUUGGAAUCUGUUUUUAAAUGAUCAUGAUGUAUUUGAGGAUGUGAUGUAUAACCCGAUGCAUUUUAAAUGUUUUUAUUCUUUUUUAAAAUCCAGAUAGAAACCUUAUGAGCAGUUACAGACAAUAAACACUUGUGUAGAACAGAAGGCAUGGUGUGGAGUCAGUGUAUCUGUGUUAUAGCCAGUGUACCUGUGUUAUAGUCCGUGUACCUGUACCUGCUGUUCUAUACAUUUUAUUUAAUUUG